CCCGAGAGGAGAAAUUAUGUUAUCGAUUCGAGGUAUGACAAAAACCCUUGUAGUUACGGUUGCCCUGAUGUCGAUAGUCGCUCUCGCGGCUAUUGGCUGCUCUUCAGCGCCUGCACCUGCCCCAGGGCUUGACGAGGCUCAGCUUCGCAGCAUCGUGACGGAUGCAGUGGCGCAGUCAGCACCCGCGCCGCAGCCACAGGUCACCGCGGCGGAAAUCCAGUCCAUGGUCGAAUCGUCCAUGCAGUCGGCCAUGAUGGACGCGGGCGGUUCUGAAGUAUCCGCCGAAGAGAUUCAGGCGAUGGUGCAAGCCGCGGUCGAGGGCGCAGCUUCCGAGGGCGCGACGCCUGAACAGAUUCAAGCGAUGGUUGAAAGCGCAGUCAACGCCGCGACCGCCGACGCCGUGACGGGCGCUGACGUUCAGUCCGCCAUAACGAUGGCCGUCAGCGAUGCCCAGGCGGGCACGUUGACCAGUGAGGACAUCCAGGCCGCCGUACAGAUGGCGACCGAAGGGCAGAUAACCGCUGCGCAGGUGCAGGAAAUUGUUGACAGGGCGGUCGCCACUCCCGUACCGGCCAUGGCGAUGGGGGACGCACCCGUAAAUGGCGGCACCAUCAGAAUAGGCAUGAUAGACCAGGGCACGCUCGACCCGAUGCUCGCCGGUCUGUCUCAGGGGUCAGCACCUUAUGGUGAAAUCACCUAUGACAACGCCACGAUGUACUGGUACGACGGCGAGGUAACGCCCUGGGCAGUGGAAUCAUGGUCCUCCAGCGACGACUUGUCGCAGUACACGCUGAAGGUGCGCGAUGGGAUCACCUUCCACAGUGGCAAUCCCCUCACAUCCGCCGACAUAAAGUUCACUCUCGACCGCAUCAGGGGGGAUGACUCCGCUUCACCGCUCAGGGGCCAGAUUUCCUACAUUGACACCAUUGACGCACCGGAUGAUAGCACUGUCGUCCUGAACCUGGGCGCGCCCAACGCAUUUCUGGUCGGAGACCUGACCGACUACCAUGCGCGUAUUGUCCAGAACGGCGUCUCAAAUGACGCACUUAUUGAUGCCGAGCACGGCUCCGGCCCAUAUACGCUCGGAGAGCACAACCCAACGGAACGCACUGUAUUCCAUAAGUACUCCGACUACUGGCGUGAAGGCAGGCCAUAUGCCGAUCAGGUUAUCUUCUUCUACAUGCCAGAGCAGAUAACACGUGUGGAGGCGCUCAAGACCGGCGCGAUAGAUGUGGUUCCUACACCCCCGAUAGCACAGCUGGGUGCUUUCGCUGGUAAUCCCGACAUUCGAGUGUCGGAAACAGCCACGGCAGGCGUUCUCGUAAUCGACAUGCAUGUGGGAUAUUCGCAUCUUCAGGGCAAAGAUGAGUGGGCGAAGUUCCAGGGCAUCCCGGACCCGAUAUACUCGGACAAGAACAUAAGAAAGGCAAUGCAGUACGCCGUUGACCGCGACUUUAUCGUUCAGGCGGCGCAGUUCGGCCGCGGCUCGCCCGCCAAUGACCAUCCUGUCGGCAUUAACGACCAGUAUUACUGGGACGAGCAGCCUAUCAUCAAGCAGGACAUCGCCAAGGCGAAGGAAUAUCUCGCGGCGGCAGGCUACCCUGACGGCAUCAACGUCGUUCUGAACACCGCCGACAUCGGCGCUAUGCAGGACGCCGCGCUGGCGUUCCAGGAGUCCGUGGCCGCGGCGGGUAUCAAUUGUCGACCUUGUAACGCACGACGCUGCGCCGUACUGGGAAGGGCAGUGGAUGGACCCCUGCUGCCCGUUCGUCACCAGCAACUGGAACUCGAGACCCGCGAACGCAGCCAUAGAUGUGCAGCUCAGAGGCGGCACUGUCUGGAACGAAUCGUUCUACAACAACUCGCGUCUGGACGAACUGCUUGACCUAGCCGCAGCUUCCCCUGACCUUGACGAGCGCAAGGAGUAUUUCCGCGAGAUGCAAGAAAUACUGAUUGAGGAUGUACCUGUGCUAUAUCUCGCACACACGCCCGUAAUAGUCGCCCACCGCGACAAUAUCGGGGGCGUUCAGGCGCACGCCGCGAACGCCCACUUCUUCAUCGAAGAAUGGUGGGUCAAAUAACCAUAAGCUGAAACAAAGACCGGCGAGUAGGAGUUGUCUCGAAAAUUUGCUGCUCGCCGGCAGCAAUCAAA